GAGUUGAUCGGACCGAAGCGCAUGAAGACCUCGCUGGAGGGGCUGAAGAAAGCCAUGGUCCCCAAGUUCGUGGACGUGUACGUCGUGGCAGGCCGUUUCACCAGCACCAUGGCCGGCGUGGACAUGACGGGCAUGGACCUCUACGAGGACAUGCGCAUCGUCCACGACAAGCUGGCCGUCUGUUUGGCCCUCGCGACAGCCUUGACCAGGAAGGUCGUGGACACUUCUGAGAUCAUGGACGCCCUGGAAAAGGUACUCCUCGAAAAGAUCAGCCCCGACGAUGCGAUCAAGUUCCAGGAGACUUUCCUCGUGGACGCCGUGAUCAAGCUCCUCCGCGGCAGCGGCAUGGUUGACGCCUGUGCGAAGUUCGCCACGGAGGUCGUGAAGUUAUUGCCCAACAUGCCCGAGUCGAGCUGCCGGUGCGACCUCUCCAGGUGGGUCGCCCUCGCCUUGGCGAAGCAGGCGUCCGCGGACGAGUUGGAUAAGAUCGAGGAGAUCAAGGACGCGUACUCGAAGGAGGCCGGCGACUACCAGUUGAAGUUUGCCAGGUCGAUGAAGGUAUUCGAUACGGGCCUGCUGCUGAUGAAACAGGUGGACAACGAGCUUGCGGCGGUGAAGGCAGAGAGCGGCCUGCGCCUGACCUUGGACAAGCUCACCCAGGACGUCGGCAAGGUUGGCGCCCUCAGAGGCCUUUGCGAGGACAAGGUCACCAUCGACUCCGACCAAGUCGCGGUGCUUCAGAAUCUGCAGGAGAAUCAGUCGAAGCUCCAGGGCGUCAUGACCGAUCGGUUCAAGGCGGCCAACGAGGUGCAGUUGGCUGCUGUGAGCGACUUCCUCGAGAACGCCAGGGCUUCUUUUUAUGUCGGCAUACGCGCGCAUGCGACGAUGGAGGCCCUUCCAGACAUUGCCGACACUGUAUUCCCCAAGUUCGCGACCGCCGAGCAAACCAACGGCUUCACCGCGACCUGCGCGGCCAUCUCCGUCGACACCCGCUGCGUGAUCGCCGGGGUCUCUGCGUUGCUGGGCAAUGCCCCCUUUGACUUGUGCGACCCCGUCUUGUUGAAGCUGGUUGAGCUGCUGGACGACGAGAACGACGAUAAGCACACCAUGCUGAAGAACCCCGACGACAACGCGAAGGAGUUCGAGGCGAAGGUCCGGGCUGUCAUCAGCAAGCGCCUCAACUGCUACAUCUUCAACGACGGCGUCAUGGCCAAAUUCAAGGCGCAGGCUAAGCAGCUCUGGGAUUUGGGGCCGGUGCGCGUCGAGCGCUUCCUUGGCACCUGGAUCCCAGGCGACGCGGCAGUCGCGGACAACGUCGUCGAGGUGCUCUCCACGUCCGUCUCCCAUUACAGGGGCUUCGUUUGCCCCUCGCCCUCGAUCCUCGACGACCCCGAGCAUCGCGGCGUCUCCAUCGACGCGAUGGCGCGGGCGCCGUUGCUUGCCCGGUUCAAGCAGCAGCCGACCAGCGGGCACCACCUCGUCAAGAAUUUGCCCGCCGUCGAGAGCGACCUGUCAGAAGAUGAUAGAAUGAACGGCCUGACGAGCAUGAUGAAGCACCUCGAGGCGGCGGUGUAUCAGGGCGAGACGCUGAAGCAGAUCAUGGAGUUCGCUGAAUCACGGUCGGGGAUAUCGUCAGAUUUACACGCGAGGAUGAUCGAUUUGGUCACUCAGUGCAAGAGGGCGCGCGACGCUGACAAGGCUGGUUUGCGGCAGUCGGUGGUGGACUUCGUGGCCCGGGUGGCCCUCGGCGCUGAUCGCUCCGCGCAGCAGGUGGGUUUGGCAGCUCUCAUGUCGGAGACCGCCGGCGAGUUCUACCAGAAGAAGGACGACGUCGUCGCGAUGUGCUCGGCGCCGCUCAUGAGGGCCAUCUUCGCCGAGAUGAAGUGGUUCUACAGCGCCGCUGUCCGCGACGUGCGCGCCCUGUGCGAGGGCGCUCUCGGGUUCGACCCAGCGGCCAGCAACGACGCCGUUCAGCGGGCUGGACUCCUCGCCGGGAGCGGCACUGCGGUGCUGGCGAUGUGGCGUCCGCUUCGCCAGGGCGAGGUUCGCGAGGAGGUGAUCGUGCGCUGCGCGCGCUUGGUGGCUAGCAAGGUGGGUGUGUUGCGGAUCCACCCGCUCGUCAGGGCCUUCAUGGAUUCCCACGGCGACAUG